UUCAAAAACAAACGUUUACCUGGGAUAAAGCCAGGCGUUUCUCUACCUGUUAAGCAUGAAAACAAAAUGGCGAAAUCGUCUGUGUAUUUCAAAAUUGCACUGAUUCUGACUUUAGUAGCUGUCAUUUUGCACGCUGUCGGAUUUUCUACACCGAACUGGAUAAUACUCUCAUACGAAGGGGCCAUAGGUCAUCGGACUGGUUUGUGGCAGUCAUGUAUGGAUUUGCUAGGCGUAGCUGUAUGUGAAGAAAGUGCAUUUAAAGGUCAAGGUUGGUUUAUCGUUGUUCAAGUACUGGGGACACUAGGCCUAGCCUGUAUAGUAAUUUCACUACUAAUUUCAAUUGCGCUUUUACUGUCAGUAGAUAGCAGCGGACUUGUAAAAGCGAAUAGAGGCAUAAGUAGUAUCGGGGGUUCCUUUAUUGGGAUAGGAAUAACGAUUUUUGUCAUUAAGGCGUUAAGUGACUUGUCUGGAUUGGCUGUUCAUAUAGGAUACUCGUACUGGCUGUCCUUUGCCUCCAUGAUAGAUCUGUGCAUAGUCAGCGUUUUGCUAUUGUGUGACAAGAGACAGAGGGGGGUACAAUGAUGCAGGAGUAGCGCACCGGAGUCACAACUCAAGAAUUGUCUAAAUACCGUGCACAUAAUUUAUUACAUUUUUGAUAUUUUUGUUAAAACAUCAUUUUGUCUACCAUUAAAUAAAUAGCGAUAUACCGCUUGUUUGAGCAUCGAUGGUUUGAGCACCAUGACUGAUUCAAGCGCAUUUAUGAGGUUCCUGCAGAAAAUUCUGUCGCUAAUAAGCUUCCGUAGUUUUAUCCCAGGUAUUUUUAAACGCUUCAAUAGCUAACAGUAUCAGUUUAUUUCGUGCAAACUGUUUUUCAAAUACAUGCAGUCAUAUAUUACACCGAGCAAUUAACUUGACAUUUCAUAGCUAUAUUAUAAAUGAUAAGUUUCGGUAAAAGGGGAAUACUUUGAACGUUUGUAAUAAAAUAAUUUUGAAAAUACGUAGCAUUUAAGAAAUCCGAACUCAAUGACAGGACCGUUUGCACGACCCUUGUACACAGACUCGUAUUGUUUUUCAUACAUACCGUAUGUUUGGAUCACUCGAAACCCUGGAAAACUCGAUUUUCUCAUGCCCUUGUAGUUUCGGGUGAUUGGUGUGUGUGUGUGUGUGUGUGUGUGUGUGUGUGUGUGUGAUUUUUUUUGCUGUA